UCGAAUUUGAACUCAGGUCCUCCUGACUUCAGGGCCAGUGCUGUAUCUACUGUGCCACCUAGCUGCCCCCACCACCCAAUUUAAGAUUGUGCAGCUGUAUGCUGGAGUGUUUCUACUGGGGAGAAACACUCUCAUUUUACUGAUCAUAGAUAUAGAACUACAGGGGCCUUAGAAACUCUGUUCCCAAGAGUUCUUAGUCUUUGUAUGUGUCUGUGUAUCAUGGUGCCCUUUGACAGUUCAGCUGAAGUCUAUGGGUGCUUUCUCAGAGUAAUGUUUUUAAAUGCAUGAAAUAAAAUAAGGUAGUAAAAGAAACCUAACUAUAUUGAAAAAAUAAUUAUACCAAUAUUAUUUUACAACGAGUUUACCUAUCCCAGUUUAGCCCCUUAUCUUGUCCAACCCCCUGAGGCUGCAGGGAUCCAGGGAUUUGCCCAAGGCCUGAUGCUGACCAAGCAGUAAUCUCCUGGAAGAAAGCCUCUGACUCUGCCCCCAACCCCAGCCCUGUUUGCUACUAAUGUGACUUUGGCCAAGUCCCUCAAUCCACCUGAGCCACUAGGAUUAGAUGAGCUCUAAGGGCCAUUCCAGACCCUAAGUGGGAGAGCUUCCAUUCACAACCAAGUCAGUGCACAGAUGCUCCAUCCAGGGGCCCUUCCCAUUCUACCACUAUCUCCUCUGUGGGGACAGAGAUAAGUGACUGAGCCCAACUCACAAGAACUCCCGACAGACCUGGGCUAUAAUAUAGUGUCUCAGGGUCUACCCCACUCUCGGCUGCUCAGCUACACUCUGAAGCCCCCUUAUGCCAACUGUGAGAGAAUGUGUCAGGUUAAGGGGGGGAGGGGGGAGAAGGAGAGGCCUUCUCCCAGAGCCAAGUACUCUGGGUACAAAGGCCUUUUUAGACAGGGCAGAAAAGUUCCUAGUCUCUUAAAAACUAGAGCCUAGUGCCCUCAUUUUUUUACUUGGGUAUAAAUUGCAGUCUCCUAUUAUCUAUGGGCCAGAAAACUAAAAUCAGCAAUGUUUGAAAGUCCUGCCCCGCCCCCUCCAAUUUGUCAUCCUUCACCGGACCAGGGAGCCUGGGCCAAGCUUGGUUAAGCACCUGUUUCUCAUGGAAAGGCCUCCAGGGCCGGAGCCUUCAUCUCACCAGGGGUAGUGCAAAGUCUGCCCAUGCUGAGUGGACAGACCUGUCUGGUUUCUCCCCCACCCCCACUCCCUUGAACUCCCAGGGACCUUGUUAAUCCAAGUGACGGGAAGCUUUCCUCCAGUUCUUCGGAACCCUGACACCCCCCUCCCCCACCCCGAAUUCCCCUUUCGGUAAAUCAAAUGUUUAACCCGCCCUUUGGAGGCUGAUCUCCUGGGAGGCAGUCUCCACCUGGUGGUGCGGUCACACCUCUGCGAGCCCAGAGGCCCCCAGGGACAGUUUGUUUGUGAGCCAAGGGGAGAGCAGGCGACCCUAGGCUUACGGGGGAGAGGGGGAGCUCAUCUGAUCCUGUUUCCAGGGCAACGCCCCCGGCUCUAGCUGGAGGGGCAGGAGUGGUCGAGAGGAGAAAUAAGUAGGCACCUGGCCUUGGCCGCCCCGGACCCAGAAGCGGGGCAGCGGCUAUGGCUUACAGCGGCGGCUCCGGCGGCGGCAGCAGCAGCAGUUCUGGUUCCUGGUGGAAAUCAUUCGCCAAUAGCAGCUGGAAGAAAGGCAAGGACAGUAGUGGGGGCGGGAGCGCAGGGGCGCAGCCUCCAUCCCCUGCAGGCCCGCAGCCCGGCUCCACGGAGCCCUCUCCGCCCAGCCCGGACUGCCAGCACCCCGGCCUCCCGGGCACCGCCGACCCCAGGCUCGAUCGCUUGGGCGAGGAGAAAUCAGGCGGCAGUCGCCGCAACCUGAAGAUUUCCCGCUCGGGCAGGUUCAAAGAGAAGAGGAAGGUGCGGGCCACCCUGCUCCCGGACGGGACCAAGCCCCAGGAGGACUCGGAAUUUCCCUGCGCCCCUCACGAUGACAGGCAGUAGCCCAGGCGCCCCAGCGCUGCCCUCCAGAUUGCAGAUCUUGGGGGAGCCCGGAGGUGCAGCGGGACGGACCUCCACCGGCUCUGCUCCCCCUCCCCCAAUCUGAACUUAAUAUCCAUAUUAUGCCCUGGGAGCUUUCAUUACUGUGUCGAUGGAAGAGACAGUAGAGUUCUCAGUAUUUCAGGACUCAAUGAGGCAUCGACUUUUAAGAGUAACCACCUGCUAUUUGGCGUUUAUUUAAUAUAAUUAUUUUUCAGAAAACUCAUGGGUUCCUUCCUUCGCCACCACUCUCUUUUUUAUUUUGAGGGGAAGAAGAGUGCAUUCUCAAAUUUAGCUCCACCAAAGAGGAGUUUCCAUUGUGAUUCAGAACCUUCUCUCUACAAAGUGCCAGGACAGUAUUUCCUGUAUGGGAAAGGCACUUUAAAAGUGUCAGUAGCGGCGGUGGUACCAGUGUGCUUAGAACCACGCCUACCGAGAAGGUUUUUAAGCAGUGCGGGGAGUGGAAAGCGCCGAAUCUGGAGUCAGAUCUUGGCUUUGCAUCUAGGUUCUUCCAUUUGUGUGACCUUGAGCAAGUCAAGAGCCUGUAGGCCUCUCCUCCUCCUCCUCCUCCUCCUCCUCCUCCUCCUCCUCCUCCUCCUCCGUAAAGAGAACGGGUCAGACCAGAUGACCCCUGAGCUCUUCUGCCAGCUCCAAAUCUGUGAUUUUGGCAGUCUGGAUUUCUUUCCAUCCUGCAAUACCAAAUGGGAAUGCCUCUUUUUAGUGUGGACCAUUAAAAGUGGCUUGCAGUGUCAGACUUUAAGGUGACUCCUGUUUCUGUCUUUCCCCCCCCAUCUCGAAACCCAUCCAACUUAAAACAGGAAAGUCUUGGGAACAGAGAGUUAAUCAUUUGCCGGAUAUAUUGCAGCUAUAAGGCUCUAACUAGGAGAACCCUUUCCAGAGACAGCAGGGGCAACAGCUGUAAAUGUGGAAUGAUUUGCAAAUCAAAUUCUGGAGAAUGGAGAAAGGGAGAACUAAGCCAUGAUCCCCAAACUCACCUUUUAUUUGGUAGCAUUUUUCUGGGAAUAUUGUAUUUCCCAUUGCUAGUAACCUAGCCUUUUUGUCCCCCAUAAGUAGGCAACCUUUGAAAGACUGACAAUGAUGCAGAGAGAGAAAUUAUUUCCAACAGAUGGACAGUACCUUUUACAUUUGGGCAAAGGAGAAUUUUUGCUCUGCUUCUUUGCUUCAGAUGAUUUCUGUAUGCUGAAGCAUGCUUUUGUCUAGUUUGAGAAGCAACAGGUGAAGCUUUGCAACAAAAAUGCAUCUGUUUGCUUUGACCAUGUACUUCAAGAAAGAGUAAGUGAAUCCCCCCUGCUUUCAGGGAAUGACAAUAGAGUUAUUGUAACAGGAAGAGGCUGAGGGAACCUUUCUUUCCCCAGCCCACUGCAUUUAUAAAUAGGGAGAAACUCAGAUGAAAUACUAACUUUGGUGACAAGGCUUCCAUUAUUUAUAAGCCAGGAGCUGGAUGAAAUCUCUGGAUUUGGUGGGAGGAGGGAACUGAGGGGGGUGUGUGUGUGUGUGUGUGUGUGUAUACAUAUAUGUGUGUAUGUGUGUGUAUAUAUGUGUCUAUUUUUAAAAUUAAAUUAGGUCAUUGGGGAAGUCAGACAUGGAAGCUGUCAUCUGAGUUGAAGCAGAGAAUAAAUAAAAAAUAUCAAGUUGAUAAGGAAGGAACUGAGAUGAAUCUCCCAAAAUGUUGUUCAUGUGAGAAAAUAGCCAGAAUAGACAUGAGAAAUUCAAAAAGAUGAUGUUUUAUAUGUGAAUACCCACAGACCAACUACCUCUCAAAAGGAAAUUCUAGUUGACCUCAGUGAUGGUGAGCAGUUACAUGCAUUGAAAUACAGUAUUGAGUCCGUAAAGUUAUUAUUUUUUAAAGAUGUUGCUUUUUUUUAGGCAUCAGUUUUCAUUCUGAGAAUUAGGGUUUUUUGGAGAAGGGGGUCUUUGGAUAUAUUUUUAAAAAUUUAACAAAAAGAAGACAAAAGAAAAGAUGGGGCUGAUUGUUGUGAGAGAAAAAGAGGAGGUCUGCCAGGUCAAUCGGAGUGGUUUUAAUUGGUGAUAAAGUUGAGAUUGUCUGGGGAGAGGUCUAGAGAGCCAGCAUCAUGUACUUUAAAACUUCAACCCAAAGUGUCAGUAGAAAAUUAAAAUGAUGAUAGCAACUAUUUUCAGAAGAAAUAUUUAAUGAUCUGAAAUACCACCUGUAAGGGCUGUUUAGGAAAACAGUAUUCUCUCACAGUAUUACUAAUGUGGAAAUAUGUUUACAUGAUUGCACAUAUAUGGCCUGUAUCAAAUUUUAGGGAGGGGAGGAGA